CCUCGAUCUUGAACACACCAUAUAUAUCCCUCUAGCUAGAUUUUUUCACAAUGCCUAUUGAUUCGGUUCUAAAUUCCAUUUUCAAUAAAGAUGUCAAACAAGAAGAUGAGGAAGAAGAAGAAGAAUACAUAGACAUGGAAGUAAGUACGUUUAAAAAUCUAUUAUGUCACUCGAGUUCAAAUGAAUUCGAGUUUCAGAUGUUUUCAAGCUCAUCGGAUAGAGAAUUAACUUCAACUUCUCCUGCUGAUGAGCUUUUUUACAAAGGAAAACUUCUUCCCCUUCAUUUACCACCGCGCUUACAAAUGGUUGAAAAGAUCCUCCAAGACAAAAACAAGGACACUUUCGACGACGAGUUCUUUAGCACCCCAUUAGCCACGAGCACCUACGCCACACCUAUUGAAACUACCCCAAUCGGGUCAUGCAACAUUUCACCUUCCACUUCUUGUCAAGUCAGUAGGGAACUCAAACCCGAAGACUACUUAUUUCUUGAUGAUCAUAAAACUGAAAGCCCUAAAAAAUCUUGGACCAAAAAGCUUACUCUAACCAAACAAUCUUCUUUCGGGUCUAAGCUAAAGGCAUCCAGAGAUUAUCUCAAGUCCUUUUUUGGUAAAUCAUUAGGCGGUUCGGAUGAAUCAAGAAACAAAGUUUCAAGAACAAGUGGAAAGAAGAUCAAAGAAAAACUUGAUAGUAACAUUAUUGUCAAUCGUCUUCGUCAUAGAAGAAGAUCAUUCUCUGGCGCAAUCAAGAGAUUUUCGAUGACGACGACAAACAUUUCACAUGGGCCUUCAUCGAGUAUUUCCAACAGUUCUAGUGAGUUAGAGGUAUAUUCUAGAAGAAUCAAUACAAGUUCUGAGAUCGAAAACCAAAUACAAAGUGCAAUUGCUCAUUGCAAAAGGUCACAACAGCAGUUGCAUUCAAGAAAUAAAACCAUAAGUGACCUGGCUUUUUGCUCUUUAGCAGCUUCAAGAGUUGUAUGUGAUGAUCAAGACAGACAUGUACUUUGUAGGGGUUGAUGAACGAACAUUUAUGUCAUAAUUAAAUUUUGAAAUUUUGGUGUCAUUUGUGCAAAGAUUAAAACUUACAGGGUGUUUUGUACUUUAAACUACAACAUGAUAUAUGAAAGUGCACUGGAGCCUCAUCAACAAGUGGACUAUAUGAAUUAUGUACGAAUUGUAAAUGUAACUUAUA